AUGCGCCAUGGAGAAGACACUUCGCGGCAUCGUGGUAAUGAGCAGAAAGCACCUCCUUCCCUGCCUCCUUCCCUGCCUCCUUCCCUGCCUCCUUCCCUGCCUCCUUCCCUGCCUCCUUCCCUGCCUCCUUCCCUGCCUCCUUCCCUGCCUCCUUCCCUGCCUCCUUCCCUGCCUCCUUCCCUGCCUCCUUCCCUGCCUCCUUCCCUGCCUCCUUCCCUGCCUCCUUCCCUGCCUCCUUCCCUGCCUCCUUCCCUGCCUCCUUUCCUGCCUCCUUCCCUGCCUCCUUCCCUGCCUCCUUCCCUGCCUCCUUCCCUGCCUCCUUCCCUGCCUCCUUCCCUGCCUCCUUCCCUGCCUCCUUCCCUGCCUCCUUCCCUGCCUCCUUUCCUGCCUCCUUCCCUGCCUCCUUCCCUGCCUCCUUCCCUGCCUCCUUCCCUGCCUCCUUCCCUGCCUCCUUCCCUGCCUCCUUCCCUGCCUCCUUCCCCGCCUCCUUCCCUGCCUCCUUCCCUGCCUGCCUGUCCAUGA